AUGACUAAGCAAAAUUCAAUCGAAGAGAAAUACACACAACCCCAACACAACACUGAUGUCCAAUCUGAACCAAAGAAAAAGAAAUUCAGAUGGACUGUUGAUACAUCGGAACAUCCACCUCAAGUGUUUAACUGGACUUUAUAUUUAUCCAUCUUUGUAUUUGGUAUCUUAGGUGCUGCUAGAGGGUAUGAUGAAGGUAAUAUUGCAGGAAACAUUGCUCUUCCAUCAUUCCAAACAAGAUUUGGUUUGAAUGACGAAUCAAAAUCACCGGAUUACAUAGCUAAUCUUAAGUCGAACAUUACGUCUAUGGUUCAGUUAGGUUGUAUCGGUGGUGCCAUAAUUGCCGCAAAAACUGUUGACUACUUGGGUAGAGUUCGUGCCCUUCAAAUGAUUUGUAUUUUAUGGGUUGCUGCUGUCAUUAUUCAAAUAACAUCUAGCCUGGUUGGUCAAUUAUAUGCUGGGAGAGCUAUAGAAGGUCUUGCUAUUGGACACACAACAUCUAUUGGACCUGUCUACCUUUCUGAAGUUGCUCCAAGUCCUAUUCGUGGUUUAGCCAGUUGUAUCUUUGCUGGUGCUGUUUAUUUUGGUAUCUUGAUUGGAUACUUGGCAAACUAUGGUUGUAUAGCAACAGUUCCAGCUACCAUUGAUGGAAAUAUUAACGAUAACCAAUGGAGAUAUACCCUUGCUCCAAAGAUUAUUCUUGCUGGUUUAAUCUUCAUCAUGUCAUUCUUUUUCUGUCUUGAAUCUCCAAGAUGGUUAUUGAAAGUGAACAAACCUGAGCAAGCAGUGGAAAAUUUAUCCAAGUUGAGAAACUUACCUCAAGACCAUGCAUAUACCGUUGCUGAAUUAAGUGAUAUUCAUGAACAAGUAUUGAGUGAGAAGAAUGCUACUGCUAACUCUAAUAUCUUCAACAUGUUAAAGAGACUUGUGACAGUCAAGAGUAUUGCUUAUCGUUUCUUCUGCAUUGCUGGUGCUGCACAAGUUCUUGGUCAAUGGAGUGGUGCUAAUGCCGUUACAAUCUAUUCCAACGAAUUAUUUGCUCUUGCUGGUAUCAAGGGUUCCAUUGCUACAUUACAAAUGUCUUGCGUCUUGGGUACAGUGAAACUUGUUGCAGCCUAUGCUGGUGCAUUCUUUAUUAUUGAUGUUCUUGGUAGAAGAAAGGCUUUGUAUACUGGUCUUACAUUGCAAAUGGUGUGUAUUUUAUACUUUGCUAUUUUCUUAACUAUUGUCCCACAAGCUGCUGAUCCAAAGGGUGUCUUAUCUCCCUCAGAAGCUAGUGCUUCAAAAGGUGCCCUUGCUGCUAUUAUCUUGUCUGGUGCAGGUUGGACUAUUGGUUUUAAUUCUAUUCAAUACUUGAUUGGUUCUGAAAUCUUCCCAUUGGACAUUCGUUCGUUUGCUCAAUCUUUAGUUAUGGUUUUACAUUUUGCUAAUCAAUAUGGUAAUUCCAGGGCACUUCCAAGUCUUAUUCUUGCCUUGAAACCAUAUGGCGCAUUUUAUUUCUUUGUUGCCGUGAUGGUUCUUGGUCUUGUGUUUGCAUUCUUCUUGCCUGAAUUACAUGGCAGAAGUUUGGAAUCUAUUGAAGAAAUCUUUACAUUACCUUGGUACAAGUUAAGACAUUCAACUACACUCGUUCCUGACCAUUCUCAAGUUCAUAUUGUUAAUGUUAUUACCAGAAGGAGUGUUGUUACUAAUAAUUUGGAUUCUAACAAACCCGAAGAGAUCUUUAUAGAAAAGAAGAAGAAUAUUGUGGAUGAAGAAUGUGAAGUUGGAAGUAGAUACAGUAAGUAG